GUCUAGUGCCGCCCGGGAGGAGGGUGCGCGGCCCAGUGCGGGCGCCGUGCGGGCUUCGCAGCUACUGUCCCCGCGCCAGUUCUCGCGGGAGCCGGUGUGGUCGGCCUCGUUUGGCAAGGGGGGAAACUGAGUCCCCAAGGGGAAGGGAACUCUGGUGUUAUGUAAGAUGGCCUGAUAUGAAGGAAUCACGCCUCCCCAAGCUGCCUUGUCCUUCAAGUGCAGGAGCCGGUUGAGAUGUCGGGAAUGGAAGCCAAUGCGACCAUCCCAAUCUGGCAAAAUAAACCGCAUGGGGCUGCUCGCAGUGUGGUGAGAAGAAUUGGGACCAAUCUGCCCCUGAAGCCAUGUCCUCGGGCAUCCUUUGAGACCCUGCCCAAUGUCUCUGAUCUGUGUCUGAGAGAUGUGCCCCCAGUCCCUACUUUGGCUGACAUCGCCUGGAUCGCUGCAGAUGAAGAGGAGACAUACGCCCGGGUCAGGAGUGACACACGCCCGCUGAGGCACACUUGGAAGCCCAGCCCUCUGAUUGUCAUGCAGCGCAAUGCCUCAGUGCCCAACCUGCGUGGGUCCGAGGAGAGGCUCCUGGCCUUGAAGAAGCCAGCCCUGCCGGCCCUGAGCCGCACCACAGAGCUGCAGGAUGAGCUGAGCCACCUGCGCAGCCAGAUUGCUAAGAUCGUGGCAGCUGAUACAGCUUCGGCUUCAUUAACGCCAGAUUUCUUAUCUCCAGGAAGUUCAAAUGUCUCUUCUCCCUUACCUUGUUUUGGAUCCUCAUUCCACUCUACAACUUCCUUUGUCAUUAGUGACAUCACUGAGGAGACCGAGGUAGAGGUCCCCGAGCUUCCAUCAGUCCCCCUUUGUUCUGCCAGCCCUGAAUGUUGCAAACCGGAACACAAAGCUACCUGCAGCUCAUCUGAAGAGGAUGACUGUAUCUCUCUGUCCAAGGCCAGCAGCUUUGCAGAUAUGAUGGGGAUCCUGAAGGACUUUCACCGGAUGAAACAGAGUCAAGAUCUGAACCGGAGUUUACUGAAGGAGGAGGACCCUGCCAUCCUUAUCUCUGAGGUCCUAAGAAGGAAGUUUGCUCUGAAGGAAGAAGAUUUCAGUAGAAAAGGAAACUGACAGCACUCAGCUCUGCACUCAGUCUCCUGCUCCUGGAAUUCCUUCAGUAGCUGCCUUCCUCACCGCAGAUGUUUCUGUCUCUGCAUUAGAAGUUUUCUGCAACAGUCUUCCCGAAAGCUAGCGCGUGGACUGAAAGAAAAGAGCUGGAUUACUUGUUUCCCAUACUUUAAACCUUUGCAGAAGCUAAGGCCUAUUGUGAGCUGAGACACUUGUUACAGGUAAAUGUAUCGAUUGGAAUGUUUCGGUCUAAAGGCUAAGCUAGAAGUUUCUGGUUUUUCCUUGCCCCUGUGUGAAAAUAAGUCCUGAAUGACUUACUUCACUGCAUAAGACCCUAUAACUGGUCUUAACGGACACUUUGUGCCCAGCUGUCACUUACUCUUAGCAGCUUUCUUGCAGCAGAGAGAGCUAUCAGUGUUUAUGUACAUGUUCACAGGGCAGGAAAAAUCUUAUGCUGCUCCAUCACAAACCAACACCAAUGCCCAGCAAUCACCCUCUUCCCGUGUCUAACACCUAGAUGUAGAGGUCGGCCCUCUGGACCAGCUGGCAUUUGGGCAGCUUCUGGGAGGCCUGGGCUGUUUUUUUUCUUAAAUAUAUUUUGUAAUACCGUACAACCAAAUCUACCCUCCAAGGCCUUGGGGCCUCAUUGGUUCCACUGACUGAACUCUUGCUCUUCCGUGGACUUUAGUUCAAUCCCAGUAGGAAACAGAAAUGGGGAGGGGAAAGAGAAUACCAUCUUUCUUUGAGGCCCUUGACUGCUUCUUUGUAUUGGGCCAAGGUUUGUAUCCACACCAUGCAUGACUCAGAUGCCCUCAGGUCCCUUUCCCUGCAGUAUGUAUCCCGUGUGUGUUUGGGUUGAAGUACUACCUGACAUUAAAGGAUUUGGCAAGAUACUGCA